AUGGGAGAAGGCGCCCGUCAUGAUGUCCUGGAGGACAAGAUCGACCUGAUUAAUUUUGAGAAAAACAGGAGCAUGGGGCGGACACUUGCAAGACGUUUGAUUGUCGCUGUAGCAGAGCGUCAAAGGCAGGGCAUUGAAUUCCAGGAGCUGGACGACAGCGUUCCUAAAAAAAAACGACGUGAAUGGGCCAAGAUGAUGGAUGCCUGGUAUAAGGAUAACACCCAGACGAAUCCAUUUGAAGUCCAGGGUGGGAAGCUCGCCGGGCCUAGUGAACGCGAAAUAAGUGAAGAGUUGAAACGAGCUGAGGUGGAAGAUGCACGAGCCGGAAUCAAACCUUUGCUGGAAGGUAAAAUGACCAUAACAGCGUUCAUCAGAGCGGGUAUGCAGCUUCAGGCCAUCCAGCGUCGUAUACGGACUGCUCUGAAGGCAAAAAAGUCAGCAGAUCAAGCGAGCCAGAUACAAGAAUUACGUCUAUCUCUGAUCAAACAAAUGCGCACCUUCGAAAAACUUCAACUAACUUACAUGCCUGGGGUUCAGGGUCUUACGACGCAGCGGUAUAAAUUGGACGCGGAGGACGCGCAACCGGAAAACGCAAAGCUUUAUCUUCCGUCACAGUUAACCGCGGAAGAGUGUCGACAAGUCAGCAUGGCGGACUUGAUUGAGACCGAAGCGAAAUUGCGUCGGGGACAGUGUGCAGAUGCACUGGCUGCCUUACGAGGGAGGCUUCAUUCGGCAACACAUGAUUUGGUUUUCGGGGAAAACAUGGUGGGGCAACGUGCAAGAACGCGCUCCGUCACUCUAAUGGCUCGGAUGGAAGAAGGUGUAACGAAGGCCGCUGCCAAAUAUACUGAAGGCUACGAGGCUCUCGUUCACCUCAAAGGCAAACGUUACGCUCCCGAGUUUCAAAAAUUGGACAAGGCCCAUUUGAACACUCGUAUCGAAAUCGAGAGUGACGAAGAUGCAGCAAGAAGCUUACGAACAGCAGACGGAUCGCGACCUACGAGAGAGGAGACUGCUGCAAAAAAAGAAGAAAACCAAGACGGCGCCAAUUUCCUGGAUUUGGGCAGCAGGCGGGCAGGCCGACGGGGUUGA